AUUGUCCCUUUUUACGGCGUAACAACAGAUCCUAGCACAAAUAUUAAAUGCAUGGUUAUGAAGCACUGCACAAAUGGGAACCUGUGCGCAUUCUUGGAGCUGCAUCACGAAAACCUUACAUGGUUCGAGCGAUACCGCCUUUCAAUUGAGAUCACAAAGGGACUCGAGUUCCUUCACAAGUCAGGAUUCCACCACAGAGACCUGCACAGUGGCAACAUUCUGUUAGAUGACAAAAGAACAGCCAUGAUUUGUGACUUUGGAUUGAGUCGUUCAUCCAAUAAAGAACAGACCGCAGAGCUGGCAGCAACAGUUGGAGUUGCCUCUUUUCUGGCCCCCGAGCGCUUCCCACAACAAAGACCGGUUUAUUCAGCAGCUUGUGAUAUCUACAGUCUGGGCGUUAUUUUUUGGCAUAUCUCAUCUGGCCGCAUUCCCUUUGCUAAGCGAUUGCGUGAGCCUAUGUUGCUUAGAGAGCUCAUGGACGGUUUACGGGAAGAAAUUGUACCUGGGACACCAAGAGAAUUCCGCGACCUUAUCGUCAAAUGCUGGGAUGUCAAACCAUCCAAGAGACUCAAAAUCGAUGUAGUGAUCGCGAUCCUC